AUGGCCAGCGGUAGGCCUCCAGGACUUCAUCCAGCCGCUGGCCGCGAUGAUGAUCUGCUGCAGCUGGAGGAGUCCACUCCCAUCUACAACUCAGGGCAGCGCCCACCCGUCAACGACGAACACCUCUUGCAACAGUUCAACAUCGACGACUCCGACACCCCCCAACCGCGUCCCUCCGUCUCCUAUGAUAAUUUCGUCGGCGGUCCUGGCGCGUCGCAUUCCGGCGCCCAUGUCGCGGGCUCCUCCCUUGUCCCUCCAGCUCAGUCUGGCGCCUAUCUCGGUGACCCCUACGGGGGUGCCGACGUGUCCCGGACCUACUCCCAGACCUCCGGUCUCAGCAACUACCGCCGUUAUUCCCUCGACGAGUACGAUGACGACCGGUCCAUCCACGACGGUUACUACGACUUGGACCAUGAUGACCACCUGACGGCCGAUCACCGCGUGCGACAAGCACAGGAGCGCAACAGUAUCCUGGGUCUGGGCGGCGGCCUAAUGGGACGGGCGAAGCACAUGCUGGGCAUGGGUAACGAGUACUCGGAAAUGGACCUGCCCCUGACCGAAGCGGGAGCCCGACCGGCGCGGGCAGACAGCGUGGGCGAAGGAGAGGAUUCCUCGGCGACACCGCGUCCGAAGAAAUCGAAGAAGCCCGCCUUCAAGUUUGGGCGCCGCAAGGUCGACCCCUCGACACUGGGGCCGCGCAUCAUCGCGCUCAACAACCCUCCCGCUAACGCUGCGCACAAGUUCGUCGACAACCAUGUCUCCACCGCCAAGUACAACAUCUUCACCUUCCUGCCGAAAUUCCUCUACGAACAGUUCUCCAAAUACGCCAAUCUGUUUUUCUUGUUUACUGCCGUCCUCCAGCAGAUCCCGAACGUCUCCCCCACGAAUCGAUAUACCACCAUUGGCCCGUUGCUGGUCGUGUUGCUGGUCUCCGCGAUCAAGGAACUCGUCGAGGACUAUAAACGGAGAGUGUCGGACCGAUCGUUGAACAAUUCGAAGACCCAGGUGCUGAAGGGCUCCGCGUUCCAUGAAGCCAAGUGGGUCGAUGUCGCCGUUGGCGACAUUGUGCGCGUGGAGUCGGAACAGCCUUUCCCAGCGGAUUUGGUCUUGCUGGCGUCGUCGGAACCCGAGGGCUUGUGUUAUAUCGAAACCGCCAAUCUGGAUGGCGAGACCAACCUGAAGAUCAAACAGGGUAUCCCCGAGACCUCCCACCUGGUCAGUCCCGCCGAUCUCAGCCGGUUGAGUGGCCGCAUUCGCUCGGAACAGCCAAACAGCAGUCUCUAUACGUAUGAAGCGACCCUCACUAUGCAUGCCGGAGGCGGCGAGAAGGAGCUGCCGCUGGCACCGGACCAGCUGCUGCUUCGAGGCGCUACCCUGCGGAACACGCCGUGGGUCCACGGUAUUGUUGUCUUUACCGGCCACGAGACGAAACUGAUGCGCAAUGCGACGGCAACUCCGAUCAAACGGACGGCGGUGGAGCGCAUGGUCAACGUGCAGAUUCUGAUGCUGGUUAGCAUUCUGAUCGCUCUCAGUGUCAUCAGUUCCGUGGGCGACUUGAUCAUUCGGAAAACCGAAGCCGACCACCUGACGUAUCUUGACUAUGGCCAGACCAACGCUGUCAAGCAAUUCUUCCUUGAUAUCUUCACAUACUGGGUCCUCUACUCCAACCUUGUCCCUAUCUCCCUUUUCGUGACGAUUGAAAUCGUCAAGUAUGCGCAAGCAUUCUUGAUUAACUCGGAUUUGGAUAUAUACUACGACAAAACCGAUACCCCGGCCACGUGCAGGACAUCGUCCCUAGUCGAGGAGUUGGGCCAGAUUGAGUACAUCUUCUCGGACAAGACCGGCACUUUGACCUGUAACCAGAUGGAGUUCAAGCAAUGUUCGAUUGCCGGUGUCAUGUAUGGUGAAGACAUUCCUGAAGACCGGCGCGCCACGGUCGAGGACGACGGAUCCGAGUCCGGGAUUCACGACUUCAAGAAGCUCAGGGAGAACCUCCUGUCCCACCCCACUGCUGACGCCAUUCACCACUUCCUCGUUCUCCUCGCCACCUGUCACACUGUCAUCCCUGAACGAUCAGAAGCCGAACCCGACAAGAUCAGGUACCAGGCAGCCUCUCCUGACGAAGGAGCUCUUGUUGAAGGUGCCGCCACGCUUGGGUAUCGGUUCACGAACCGGAAGCCUCGUUCUGUCAUCUUUACGGUAGCUGGUCAGGAAUACGAGUACGAGCUCCUCGCAGUGUGUGAGUUCAACUCGACCAGGAAACGGAUGUCCACGAUAUUCCGCUGUCCAGAUGGUAAGAUCCGUGUUUACACCAAAGGUGCGGACACGGUCAUUCUUGAGCGUUUGCACGCAGACAACCCCAUUGUCGAGUCGACACUGCAGCAUUUGGAAGAGUACGCUUCGGAAGGUCUCCGCACGCUGUGUCUCGCCAUGCGUGAAGUUCCCGAGGAUGAGUUCCAGCAGUGGUACCAGAUUUUCGACAAGGCAGCCACCACUGUCAGCGGAAACCGCGCAGAGGAGCUCGACAAGGCGGCGGAGCUCAUCGAAAAGGACUUUUACUUCCUCGGGGCAACGGCUAUCGAGGAUCGACUGCAGGAUGGAGUCCCUGAUACCAUCCACACACUGCAGACGGCAGGAAUCAAGAUCUGGGUUCUCACCGGUGACCGCCAGGAGACGGCCAUAAACAUUGGCAUGUCUUGCAAGCUAAUUUCCGAAGACAUGACGCUUUUGAUUAUUAAUGAAGAGUCGGCCCAGGCCACCCGAGAUAACCUGACGAAGAAGCUCCAGGCUGUUCAGAGUCAGGGGGCCUCGGGUGAAAUUGAGGCCCUGGCUCUGAUCAUUGACGGUCGGUCCCUUACCUUUGCCCUCGAAAAAGACAUGGAGAAACUCUUCUUGGACCUCGCUGUCCUGUGCAAAGCUGUGGUCUGUUGCCGCGUUUCCCCUCUUCAGAAGGCUCUGGUGGUCAAGCUAGUCAAGCGUCACCUCAAGUCUCUGCUCCUUGCCAUCGGCGACGGUGCCAACGAUGUCUCCAUGAUUCAGGCGGCCCACGUCGGUGUUGGUAUCAGCGGAGUCGAAGGUCUACAGGCGGCACGAUCCGCGGAUGUGGCCAUUGCGCAAUUUCGCUAUCUCCGUAAACUACUCCUCGUUCACGGCGCGUGGAGUUAUCACCGAAUCAGUCGUGUCAUUCUAUAUUCCUUCUACAAGAAUAUUGCGCUUUACAUGACUCAGUUCUGGUACUCCUUCCAAAAUGCCUUUUCCGGCCAAGUCAUCUACGAAUCAUGGACCCUCUCCUUCUACAACGUCUUCUUUACCGUUCUGCCUCCGUUCGCGAUGGGUAUCUGCGACCAGUUCAUCUCGGCCCGCCUGCUCGAUCGGUAUCCUCAAUUGUACGGACUCGGACAGAAGGGCAUGUUCUUCAAGAGGCACAGUUUCUGGUCUUGGAUUGCCAACGGCUUUUAUCACUCCCUCCUUCUCUACAUCGUAUCCCAACUGAUCUUCCUAUGGGACCUUCCCAUGUCGGAUGGCAAGACCGCCGGCCACUGGGUCUGGGGUUCCUGCUUGUACACCGCGGUGCUGGCCACAGUGCUGGGCAAAGCGGCUUUGAUCACCAACAUCUGGACCAAAUGGACGUUCAUCGCCAUCCCGGGUUCGAUGGUCAUCUGGCUGGCAUUCCUGCCAGCGUACGGUUACGCCGCCCCGGCCAUUGGCUUCUCGUUUGAAUACUACGGGACGAUCCCCGUGAUCUUCAAGCUGCCGCAGUUCUACCUGAUGGCCGUUGUGCUGCCAUGUCUGUGUCUCCUGCGUGACUACGCGUGGAAGUAUAUGAAGCGCAUGUACUACCCACAGCACUACCACCACGUGCAGGAGAUUCAGAAGUACAACGUGCAGGACUACCGGCCGCGCAUGGAGCAGUUCCAGAAGGCGAUCCGCAAGGUGCGCCAGGUGCAGCGCAUGCGCAAGCAGCGUGGCUACGCGUUCAGUCAGGCCGACGAGGGCGGCCAGAUGCGGGUCGUCAAUGCUUAUGAUACCACGAGAGGAAGAGGACGCUACGGUGAAAUGACGAGCUCUAGGGCGUUGGUGUAA